AUGUCAUUGAAUAUAUAUCGAAUAUUGGUUGAUGGAGCAUUGGUAAUCACUAUAAGUAUUCUUUUGACUUAUCAUCGAAAUAUCAGCGAUAAAAGUGUUCUCGAGGAGAAAGAAGCAAUUGUUGUGGUUGCAACGCUUAACAGGAGUCAAAAGGAUGAAUUGCACACAAUUGCUCGAAAGCUUGUGGAAUCAGGAAAAGGCAUUCUAGCGGCUGAUGAGAGCAUCGAUACGAUAGGUAAACGGUUCGCUAUGAUUGGGAUGGAAAAUAAUGUGAGAAACCGAAAAAAUUACCGAUAUAUGCUGUUCACAACACCAAAUAUAUCGCAGUAUAUUUCAGGAAUAAUACUACAUGAAGAAACAUUUAGUCAGAGAGAUGAUGCUGGCAAACCUUUUGUGGACAUCGUCAAGGAAGCCGGCAUAUUACCGGGAAUUAAGCUUGACAAAGGUCUUGAACCGUUUGAUGGAGGUUUAGAAUACAUCACAAGAGGUCUGGAUGAUUUGAAAGAAAGAGCUGAAUAUUUUAAAAAAGGUGGGUGUCAGUUUGCAAAAUGGCGCUGUGUAUAUAAAAUUUCCGACGUAACACCAUCACGAAAAGUGCUGAAGGAAAAUGCCAAGAUACUGGCACAGUACGCAGUCUUAAGUCAACAAGCAGGGCUGGUGCCAAUAAUCGAACCAGAGGUUCUUUCCGAUGGUGCACAUGAUUUAGAAAAGGCUGAAAAUGUUACAGAACAAGUCUUAGCAGAAGUUUAUAAAUCACUGCACGAUCAUGGCGUUUACCUCGAAGGUACUCUUCUGAAACCGAAUAUGGUCAUACCAGGAUCAAAAUUCACAGGCAAGGUUGGACACGACAGAAUAGCUAAAGAAACAUUUCGAGCGCUAACAAGAACAGUGCCUGCAGCAGUGCCCGGUAUUGUUUUCUUGUCUGGUGGUCAGCUGGAGAAAGAUGCUACUAGGAAUUUGAAUGAAAUUAAUAAAAUAGCAAUCAACAAACCAUGGAAACUUUCUUUUAGUUACGGCCGAGCUCUACAAACUUCAGCUUUAAAAGAGUUGACGAUAAGUGGUUCGAAAGAGGCGCAAACAACAUUUCGACAUAGAGCAAAACUUAAUGCUUUGGCUGUCGAAGGAAACUACAUUGAUGAUCUUGAAUGA